AACACAUUUUAUCCCUCACUCUGCUCUUGCUCUCACACACUUAAAUUAAUUUUCUCUCUAUUUUUCUUCUGCCCGAGAUGUCGUCUCUACUAAGGGAGGAGAUGGACAGAGUCUUGUUCAGACCAGAGGGACAGACACUGAAAGAGUUUAUAGAAAUCGAGGAACAACAGCAAGGACGACAUUUUCUCUGCGUUUCCAUAUCGAAGGAUAAAGAAGCUCAGAUCUCAGUGGUCAUGUGCCGGAGACUUAAGCAUUCAAGAACCAAGAAACUGCAGCACAGCGGGCUGGAAGACAGUUAUGAAAGAACAGAGACCUGGGCCCUGGCAGAUCUGCUGAUUUUGGAUGGUAGAGAUCCAGAUACCGACGAUCCCUGUUUCCUGAUGCAUUUCAACUCAGUGCGGCCCAUCAGAGCAGUAAGCUGUGCUGCCAAAUACACCCUGGCCCGCUGUCUGCUGUCCUUGAGCAGGAAGUAUCACCACACUGCAUUGAAACUCAAGAACUUUGAUUGGACUUACAUUCAGCCCACUGCAAUGUAUUCUGAUCGUGGUGACUGUGUUGUCCUCACACAGGUCUGUUUCUAUGCCUUUAACUUGGUGUGUCUUUCCAUGUGCCCGGUCCCUCUGGCAUAGGGAAAGGAGAGACAUUUGAAUCAGUCUAAUUUCUUUCAAACUGCCUUUAACAUUUUUAUGUUGACAAAAAAGUGUGUAAUAAUAGCCCAAGGGAGUGUACAAAACUAUGCUUUGUGUUUUGAGCACUUAGCCAAGCUCCGAGCACUCAGACCUACAGCAACUGUAACAUAACUCCACAGUGUGGGUGAAAUCCAAUUUAGCCUUGUGCAAAUGUAGCGUAAAAGAGUGUUUUUGAUGUGUAAUUAUGCCGUGACUUGAAUUUUGAGAAUGUAUAUUUAUGUUAUUAAUGCAAUGUUACAUAUUUUGCAUGUACUUCAGUCGAUUUAUUCUAAUGUGGUAUAUCAUUUCAAAAAGUAAAACUGUGAGGUAAACGUGGAUACAGCAUAGAUAGCUAUAAUAAUUUUGGGUGAGAUUAUUUGGUGAAAAAUCUGCUGUUUUCACAUUUCUAUUGCAAUGUGCUUUGUGUUAUUGAAUCAAACAGUGACAUUACAAUAGUACUGCAAACAUUUAACUAUUUAUGCCACGAAUUUAAGCACAUUUGGAAAUUAUACAGUAUGUAACUUUGGAAAGGUUCAAUUCCAUGCAUGUAUUAUUCUUGGCCGCAAUUAUUUUAAUUCCCAGAUAAUAUAAAGUAGGCUAUUUAGUAUUAUAUCUUCGUAAUUAAAUGAACAUAUACAUUGUGAAAAUAUUUACAUUGGGAUUAAAGGGUUUUAUUAACGUUACAUGUGGAUAUAUAAUUAUCAAAGUUAUGGGAGGUAAAUAUAACAGCGUGUGGCAAUCAGAAAAUUUACUACAGAAUGCCGCGACUAACUUACUGUAAUGAGAUAUUUCGUACAGUCGUGUAAUAAAAUGCCAUCAUAUUAUAAUUCAGCUUAAAUGUGCGCUGAACUAACGUUACACUCUCUUUGAACGCAAGGAUCAAAUGUCAUUUGAGCCAGCCAGUUUGAGCUAAACCGACCUGCUGACGUCAUACACGCUUCAAUGUUUUGGGUCCUUCAUCAUUGUGGUGGCUAAAAAGUAGCCUGAAAAAAAUGUAGUCCAUUCAUUUCACUUCUGACAGCAAAGCGUUGCUUGUAAUGACUGUAAAUCUUCACCAAAUAAACUUAGAUUUUGUCUAAAUAAA